AUGUCUGACCGCGUUGAUGCAAAGACGGCUAAGGGUGCUGCAAAGGAUGCGGCGUCUGAAGAGGUUAAGGAUGUGCCUGAACCAAAUCGCGUUAAAACAUCGAAAUCGGAGAGGCCAAAGACAAACAAAGGCGCUGAUAUUUUGAUUGUUGAACCGGCGGAGGAAAGGCCAAAGACUAAAGCCAAAGAAGGUAAGGAAAUAAGGGAUUGCUGUGUAAGCAUACAGUAUAUAAGCAUGACGACGCUCUCUUAUCGUUAGGAUAAAUUUUUAUAGGUAAAUCAGUGAACAAAGACGUUAAAGAGGAAAGUGGGGGCAAGGAUGAGAAGGAAGAGGGCAAAGAUGCCAAUGAUGGGCAUGUCCAGAAAGUCAGGGAUCGAGUCAGCGAUGGCAAAAAGAUCGAGAGUGGAAAUAUCGAGACCAACUUGAAUGAUGACGGAGAUUUGAUUAUUGACAAGGACAAGUGCCGAUUCUACAUUUUUGGAUGCGAUGUUGAGGUAAGAGGAACUUUGAUGUCAAAUCAGUAAUUUUUUUUGUUUUAUUGCCGAUGUUCUCAAUUGAAUCCAUCAAAAUCUGUUUCUGGAAUCAAAAAAAUUCCCCUGUAAUUUUCAGGGCAAUGACCAUGAAAGUAAGCGUCCAGUCAAACAUUUGACUGUCCUCAACGACGCCGUUAUUGAUAAGUUCCGAGUCAUCAACAAAGUCCUUGACGAUGAUGACAAGAUCACUUCAAUGUUCCAUACGCAAAAGAUCUCUACCAACAGCAUCCUAUGCCGGGAGAGUGUUCAGUUGGUCUGGCCGAUUGCUGGAUUCAAUGAAGUGCUGCGGAAAGGAAAGAAUCGACUGGGAGAGGUUUUGGUUUCCGAGCCAUUUCGCAGCGAAUGUUUUGGAUAUCAACUUCAAGCGAUUUUGAUUCCAUAUGGAAAGGAUAAUGGUGAGUGGGUUGUGGGAAAAGGAGCCGUCUGCACAUAUUUAGGGAUAGGCGUACCCAUAACCAUUUUUAAUUAGUGUCUAACUGAUUUUUGCAAUCCUUGGGAAGGGAAUUAUGGGUCAGUUCUGAAACACCCAAAAAUACCGAUCAUCUUUGCAAUUUACAACGUAAAAUCCAAAGGGUUUCUGUAAAGCACAAGAUAUUAGGUUGUAUAAUAAGUUAUGACCAUAAUUUUUUAAAAUUACUAAAACUUUAAUAAUGCUUUUUUCAGAGUUGAAUAGCAUACCGCUGGGUAGGGUGGAGACAGUAGAUUACAGGAACCAGUAGCACAUCGGCCUCUGGCUAAAGCAUCGGAGAAAAGAAAUUAAGAAAUGAGGGCAUCCCAAGGUGCUAAAGCAAAAAUACGACUUAAAUCUGAGAAUUCUGAGAGGCUAGUAAUGACAAUGCUUCUGUAGGACACUAGAGGCGUCCUUUUUAAAUACACUGCACAGGAUUAACUCUACGUCCCCCCACCUGAGCUUUACUGUUCAAAAUAUAAAUUGAGGUAUACCUUCAUUGUUAUGCACCCUGAUUCGUUUCGAAUUAAUCCCACCUCAAAUAACGUGGUUCAGCUGUAAAGAGUCACUUAUGAGUUGCGUUUUGAUAACCUACUCAAAUCAGAAACUGCUUGUAUCAGGUGACAAUAAGGAACUUCAUUCAAAGCGUUACAUUUUGCGGGCCGCUGGACUAGAGUUCAAAACUUUUAUUGAGUACGCGCUAGCGCCAUCUUGUGAAGAACUGUUUUUGGUGGUUAUGUACACUACAUACCUCGGCGAAAACGACAGUAUAUGUUCUUUGAGUUUGCGGCUGUUAAGUUCUAAAAAAUUGAAAUUCAAUUGGAUGAUCCAAAAUUCUGCUAAUUCUUAAAUUUUUCUGGAGAUUCCAAUUACUGCAUGCUCCAAAAUUUGCCUGGUGUGACAACAGGCAUGUGAUCUCGUAUUACAACGAGUUAUAACAAUAGACAAUAGAAAUCCCGGGCGCUAAACUUUUUAGACGCCUUUUCAGGCGACGGCUUCGGUAACCUUCCGAAAAAACAGCUCAUAAAAUGAGUUGUCACUGCUACCUAGUAACGAUGCUGUGUCAGCGCAUUCUACGACCCUUGAAGAUUACAAUAACACCAAUCCGAGACCAGCAGCGGCUGGCAGAGAGACGUGACUUGAGUUGUUUCGUACCCUGCCAAAAUCGGGGCACUUCCGCGUUUUUAGCAAUAGAAAAUUGCGGCUAUGCCGUAAGACUUUGCAAUACGUACUAGAUGAAACUUCGAUAAGCCCUCUAUUAGUCUAUAGGUAUGUUGAACUAAGGAGGGAUCUGAGCUAGGAAAUAAUCGACUUCAAACUUUUGCAAGAAAAUGGUCAUAACAUAUUAUACAACCUAAUAGUAUAAACAUUGACAAAUUCUAACUACAAUCUAUAUUGUUUAUUAUCCUAAAAUUUUCCAGCAUUUGGUCGAUUUGUCUCCUUUUAUGUCCAGCUUAUCCCCGGUCCCUACGAUCCAAUUCUCAAAUGGCCUUUCCAAGACACCAUAACUCUUAUUCUCUACGAUCAAAAUAAGAACGCGACCAGUCGAAUGGACUACCGAUUCGAGUUGAAUCCCUCUCAUGAAGUGGUGGACGACAGCUUUGUGGGAAGACCCAAGGCCGACAAGCCGAAUGGAUGGCUGGGAACUGACAGUUUUGUGGAAAUCGAAAACAUUCUCACCGAUGGGGAUUACUUGGUGAACGAAACUGUUUAUUUUGGAGUUUGUAUAAGCACUUGA